AUGGUCAAAGCAGUCGCAGUAUUAAAUGGAACAGCAGGUGUCUCCGGUGUAGUCCAUUUCGAACAAAAAUCAGAAUCUGACCCAACUUUAGUAUCAUGGGAAAUUACAGGUAAUUCCCCGGAUGCCAUGCGUGGGUUCCAUGUCCAUGAAUUCGGUGAUGUGUCUAAUGGAUGCGUCUCUGCAGGUCCACAUUUUAACCCAUUUGGUCAAACUCAUGGGGCACCAACUGAUAAAGUUAGACAUGUAGGUGAUAUGGGUAACGUUAAGACUGAUUCACAAGGUGUAGCAAAGGGUUCUUUAUCUGAUCACAUGAUUAAAUUGAUUGGACCAAACUCCAUCAUUGGUAGAGCUGUGGUCAUUCAUGCAGGUCAAGAUGAUUUAGGGAAAGGUGGUAAUGAAGAAUCUUUAAAAACUGGUAACGCUGGUGGUAGAAACGCUUGUGGUGUCAUUGGUGUAGCCAACAACUAA